AUGCUCAACCAAUUAAUGCAGCAAAACAGCAUGCAUCGACUUUAUCACACUAAUCACCCAGAUAAUACAGCCCAUGCUGGGGCAGCAAUUUUAAUUAAGGACUCGGUUGCCCAUUGUCUAUUAAGAAACUAUUCAAAAGAUUGCAUGCAAGCUACAUCUAUCAUGGUAGUAACCCAACUACCAUUGGCUUCCAAAUUCAUAUUAGGUGGUGACUUCAACAGCAAAAACACAUUAUGCGGUUCUCGGCUAUCCACUGCCAAAGGAGAGGAAUUAGCUAAAUUGCUACACGAAAAGAAAUACGCAUUUCUAUCCUCUGGGAUUUUAACUUACUGGCCUACUGAUUGCACGAAGACACCUGACCACCUUGAUUUUUUCAUCUCUUCAUUCAUUGCUCAAUGCUAUAUGGACAUAGAAUCAAGCCACGACUUAUCGUCUGAUCACUCACCUAUAGUUAGUACUGCAGUAAUUAAAAAGAAAACUGCUCCCAAGUUGCACAAUUCUAAAACUGACUGGGAUACAUUUAGGGACAGCAUUACUGAGAAUGUUAAUUUAAACAUAAGACUAAAAAAUCCGGAAGAACUUGAGGUAGCCACCAUUAAUUUCAUUUCGCUAAUUCAGCAUGCAGCCAAAAUAGUCACUCCACAGCCUAAACUACAAAAUUCAACGCAGUUUACCCCAAUAGAAAUUAAAAAACUAAUAAUUGACAAAAGAGGAGCAAGGGCGAAAUGGCAGCGAUACCGCUCUCCUACAGAUAAGACGAUAUAUAAUCGAAUAAGCAACACACUUAAAGGCAAACUAAAGGAAUUACGUGAUAAUUCGUUUCAAAAUUACAUUGUAAACCUCAGUCGUUAUGACAAUUCUAUAUGGCGUGUAGCUAUUUCAGCUCUAAAACCGAUCGAAUCAAAUCAUCCGAUUCGUAUACAAUCUACUCCUCCUGGUCCAUGGGCUAAGAGGAGCAAAGAAAAGGCGAAUCUAUUUGCUAAGCACCUUGAGGAUGUAUUCUCUCCGAAUAGCAUUCAUCCCGAUCAAGAUAUUGUGGAUUGCUUAAAUGCUGGACUUACGAACUCUGCUAAUUCGAGUUCAAUUAGACUCGUCUCGACUAACGAAGUUAAAAAAGAAAUCUCUAAGCUGAAUAACAAGAAGAAAUCUCUUGGCUCGGACCUAAUAACUGCAACAAUUUUUAAAGAAUUACCUAAAAAAGGUAUAGUAGUGCUAACCUACAUUUUCAAUGCUGUCUUCAGAUUAAACUAUUGGCCUAAAUCGCUUAAAGCAACUGAAAUUAUGUUAUUCUCGAAGCCGGGGAAAGACCCUAGCGACGUCUCCUCUUAUAGACCAAUAAGCCUAUUACCUGUCAUUUCCAAAGUACUAGAGAGACUUCUGUUCCAAAGAAUUACGCCUUAUUUAAAUUUUAUCCCGAAUCAUCAAUUUGGCUUCCGGCGUCAGCACUCUACGAUUCAACAAUGUCAUAGAGUCGUUAGAGUGAGGGGAAAUGUAGAAGUCUGCACAAACAACUACCCACUAAAACCACCUCUCUGUAUUGUACCUGAAUAG